AUGGACAAGACAAGUCAGUUGCCUGAUGAAUUGCUGGUGAAGGUAUUAUCAUUUCUUCCAACAAAAGAUGCUGUAAGAACGAGUCUUUUAUCGAUGCGAUGGAAGUCUCUUUGGAUGUGGCUGCCGAAACUGGAGUACGAUUUUAGGCAUUAUUCAGUUUCGGAAGGCCAAGGGUUAGCUAGAUUUAUUACUUUGAGUCUACUAGGACAUAAAGCUCCGGCCAUUGAAAGCUUGAGUCUCAAGCUUAGGUAUGGAGCAAUUGGAUCAAUUAAACCUGAAGAUAUCUAUCUCUGGGUUUCACUUGCAGUUCAUGAUAGCAACGUCCGUGAGUUAAGUCUCAAGCUUUGUACUUUUGCGGAGCGUCCAACUAAAUUGCCCAAAAGCUUAUAUAAAUGCAAAUCGAUUGUGAUCUUGAAACUGAAAGACGAGAUUCUCGUUGAUGUUCCUCGUAAGGUAUGUCUCCCCUCCUUGAAAACAUUGUUCCUUGGACGUGUGACUUACUCGGAUGAAGAUUCUCUUCACCGACUUCUCUCCAACUGCCCUGUUCUUGAGGAUCUAGUUGUGGAACGAGAUAGAAUUGACAAUUUGGGGAAAUUGAGUGUGGUUGUCAAGUCCUUGCAGAGACUAACCCUAAAGAUGUCUUGUCCUUGUCAUCUUGAUGGGAUUAUGAUGAAUACUCCUUCUUUGAAGUAUUUGAAAGUCACUGAUGAAAGGCAAGAGAGUGAUAGUGAUAAUGAGAGUGAUAGUGAUAGUCCUCGAUACUUCUACGAUUUUGAAGAUAUGCCUAAGUUGGAGGAGGCAGAUUUUGUAUUGACAUUCCAAAAUAUCAAAAAGUUCUUUAAAUUUGUCACAUCUAUUAAGCGUCUUUCGUUAUGCUUGGGAGUCUACACCGAAGAGUCUUUAUAUCAUGAGGGUCUUGUCUUCAACCAGCUUGAACAAUUGAAGAUAUGUUCAUGUGAUUCAGAUUGGUCAAUUUUACUUUCUCGGUUACUCGAAAGUUCUCCCAAUUUACGAGAGCUCGAGGCUUACGUGAUAGAAGAUCAUCCAGAUAGGCGUGUGGAUCUACCAAAUCAGUGGGGCAAUCAGCUGAAUUGUGUUCCUAAAUGUUUGUUGUCGAGUCUCGAAACGUUCAAGUGGAGUGAGAUGUAUGGAUUGCUGCAGAACCAGAUGGAUGUGGCUAAAUAUAUCUUGAGAAAUGCUCGAUGCUUAAAGUCUGCGACAAUCUUUUUUCCGACAACCUAUGCUAAAGAAACAAGAGAUGAGAUGAUCGAGGAGUUGUCACUUUCUUUUCAAGGUCCAGAGACAUGCCAAGUCUUCUUCCAUUGA